AUCAGGGCGAAGUCAGCAUAGCCCAAACUGAAAAUAUAAAUGAACUCUGACAUCUCUCAUCUUUUUUUCAUCUUCAUUCCUCCUUUUCGCACAACCUCACACUAUUACCGUAUAAUAAGUCGCCAUGUCACACCAACAAGGAUACGAACAGCAUCAACAAGCGAUGCAACACGCAAACAAUGACAGUGGUGCCUUUCCAGGCGGCAGCUACAGUAUCGCUCACCGCGAUACCAACGCCGUGCUCAAUGUAGAUCUCCAGCAAGGAGCCGUGGUGCGCUCCAAGUCAGGUGCCAUGAUCCACAUGUCUGGUUCGAUCCAGUUGACCGGAAAGUCCAAGUUCUCUCUGGGAAAGCUCUUUACGGGUGGCAACAUAUUUGAGUCAACAUAUACUGGCCCAGGCCGUAUUGCUCUCGGCCCAACACUGUUCGGCGACAUCAUUACUCUGCCUGUCGAUGGUCAUCAGUCUUGGACCAUUGGCAAAGACGCUUUCCUUGCUUGCACUUCAGAGGUCACUAAGAAGAGAGAAACUCAAGGGAUUAGCAAGGCGUUGUUCUCGGGAGAGGAUCUAUUUGUCUUUCGGGUCGAGGGUCAGGGCAUCAUGUGGCUGACGAGCUUUGGUGCUGUCGAUCGGCUAGACCUUCGGCCUGGAGAGGAGCACAUUGUAGACAACGGCCACCUCGUGGCAUGGAGCUGCAAGUAUUCCAUUGAAAAAGCUGGUGGAGGAGCUAUGGCUGGAUUGAAGACGGGCGAGGGUCUGGUAUGUCGCUUCACUGGCCCUGGCUCGGUUUAUGUGCAGACGCGAAACAUGGACGAGUUUAAAUCAUUCAUCAGGGCAAAUGGUGGAGCAUAGGUCUGUCAGUUUUAUAAUUAGCUUAGGUUUAUUUUGUAUACCUCAUACCUUUUAAUUAUGUUUAUUAGAAGCCGGUGUGGAGAAGUAUAGUGAAGGUCGCCUUGGGCGCUAUUUAAAACCAGAAAUAGUGGUGCUUCAGAGAUAGUGCUUUCAGCAGCUUUUUUCAUUUCGAGGAUCGGCAGCGUUAUUCAAAGCACCGUUUGCCAACCCGAAAGUCCGCUGGGGCGGACCUGGACCCGGACCAACCUUGAUACUAGCGUUUUUGUCUCGGCGAGAUAGUUGCUCCGCAAACAGGAGAUCAGAG